UGGGGGGGGGGGGGAACCAUGGGCGCGGCGACGGCGGUGGCGGUGGCGGUGAGCGUGGGGGUGGUGUUACCUUUUCCAUUCUACUACCUUUUGUGGAACCUCCCGCAGGCGUGGGUGGACCUGUGCGGGAAGGGGGCGGACCCUUCCCAUCGGAUGGCCCAGAUCUCUCACGCCCUCAAGGCCAUCCAGUUCGUCUCCCUCCUCUCCGUCGCCCGCAUCUCCCGCCCGCCGUGGUACUGCGUCGUCCUCUUCCUUCUCGGCCAGCUCCUCAACUUCAAGGUGUAUCAGUUGCUCGGUGAGGCAGGCACUUAUUACGGUGUACGAUUCGGCAAGAAUAUCCCCUGGGUUACAGAAUUCCCUUUUGGGUACAUAAAGGAUCCGCAAUAUGUUGGAAGCAUCCUGAGUCUACUGGCAUGCUUAUGUUGGGUCCCUUUCCAGUACAUUUUCCUCUGGAUUCUGGGAUAUGUUUUUAUGAUAUGGGUGGAAUCCACAGAAGAUCCAACAACCAGAGCUAAGCCCCUAAACUGAUUUAUCAGUUAAGGAAUCCAAGAGGCACAUUUUUCCGACAUCGGAGCGAUAUCUUUUCAGUUCUUUUUGCUUGGAUGAACAAUUCGUAUACUUUUAUGAGAUCUAUGAACUUGAUCCUAGGGAUUCUUUUUCUGUCAGAGUUACAUUCACGAUUAAUACUUUUAUGAGAUCUAUGUUCUUUCGAUAAUUAAGUGUGUUUUGCUGUCUCAA